AUGGGAGAAUUGAGGCUGCAAAUGGUUCGUUGCGCUUCGCUUUGUUACAACGACGUGGCGGACGACCGAACAACCGAAGAGUGCGUGAGACGAUGCGGGCGUAUGGAACAAGUCGACAAGGCGAUUCGUCGUGAAUUGUCUAAGCUGUCGGUUUUCAGGACAGUAUGGAGCGGUGCAUGGCAAUCUGUGGGAGUGAAAAAUCUGAAAAAAGUGAUGUUAAUUCUGAAGGAAGCGUUCUGA